AAAUAAAAAUUUAGUGUAUUGGAUUAGCCGAUUUGAUUAAAAUGGCGCUUCGUCUUACGACCAUUGCUCUUCUACACCGUGCUCCUUUAUUAGUUGUGCCAAAGUUAAAAGCAGCACCACCAACACGCACUCUAUUGUUAAGAAAGAAUCUGGUACCGUUUUUAGAUGAUGAUCCUUGUGUGUUCUCAAAGAAAGCCAUCAUGCAUCAUUGGGGGGUCCUUCCGAUUAUUUUCAUAACAGUCGUUGGAGGUAUACUUAAGGUUGGCGCCAUGAUUCGCCUGGCAUUGGUGAAGGACGAUGUGUUCUUUACCAAGGAUUCGGCGUACUAUAUGUACUUGGAGACGCGCAAAGGUCCCUGGUACAAGCAAAUGAGUCGUAAGUGGGGUGGUCGGGAUGAGUAUGAUAUGCCACCAGGAUUGUUAUUGGCCAACCAGGGCGAUGUUUCUGGUCCUUCAUUUGACAAUGCCGACGAGCAUAAAAGUGACGAAGGUCCGGAUUUCAAAAUCAUUGCAGGACACGCAGUGAUCACAGGCGUAGCUUUGGGUUUGGCAACAAUGUUGUAGGAAGUCGUAGGACGGAGCAGACUAUCUCAGGAUGGAGCUGUUCCAUAUUUAUUGAAGGACUCAUGUUUCAGUUUUACUAUGAUCUGUAUUACACAGAUGAAAAGGACGACGGCAAGAAAAAGGACAAAUUCGCUUGGAUUGGAGGAGGUGGUGCUGGUCAGAUUAGCAUUGAAACGAUGUAUUUUAUAGACUUGACUCUACGUCUUCCCUCUGUUCGCUUGGCCUUGAGGUUUCGAAUCCGCUGAGGACUUGCUACUAGACCGAUGUAGUGAGUUCUUAGACAAGGUAUUCCAACAGAGCCUUUGGAGUGCAGGAUACGCGUCAUUUAAUCUGGCAUAAAGGAGGUCGAUCCUUGCUGUUUUUGUAUUAAUUGCGAAGAAACAUACCAUUUUUCCAAGCAAUUUUAUAAGAGGCGCCACCAAGUGGCGAGUAGCAACUCCUUUCGUAUGGAAAGUAAAGAGAGGUCCUCGAUGUAAAAUUUUCUACAGCUAUGUAGAAUGCAAAUGGUGGAUGUAAAAUUGAGGCCUUUUUUCGCCACUCUCGGAUUUGAACCAAUUUUUACAUCUUUAGCGCCCUAAAUUCCCUUAGUUUAUAAAUUUGGCAUUGAUAUUUUUACAAUGAAGCAAUACAAUAAGGUUUCUAUGAAAUUAAA